AUGACACCCAAGAACAUGGUCGUAGAUCGUCUGCAGCAGAUCGGCUUCCAGAAGUUCAGAGUGCCAGGAGGAACUUUCUUCAUAACCUCGUCUCCCGAUAUAAUACUCCAGCCAGCCCCAAUCGUCGUGUACCCAGCGCAGCAAUCUCCAAUAACGCCCCCGCAAAUAACCGUUCAGCCACCCUCGAUAGCUCCAAUCACGCCCCCGGCUAUAGUAGUCAGGCCGCCCCCCCUAGCACCGAUAACACCGCCCCCCGUGCUGGCCAGACCGAAACCUUUAGCCCCCAUAAAUCCCCCAGCUAUCAUGGUACGACCCCCCAAGCCGGCACCCAUAUGUCCCCCUCCUAUAACGAUAACGCAGCAGAAACCUUGCCCCAUCACCCCUCCAGAGAUAAUUAUUAGGCAACCCAAGUAUCCCACAAUGCAGAUGCCACCGAUUCACAUACCCGCCGGAAUAUUUCGAAGAACUAACCCUUGUGGGAGCCCCUGCAAUCCCUGCAACCCUUGCAACCCCUGCGCUACUUGCAGCUACUCCUGUCAGUCCUAA